ACACUGAAUUGAUAUCAAUACAUUCCUUACCCAUACGGAAUAAAAUCCCACCGCACAGACCGGAACUAGAAGGGGCAUACAAAUAAUUCGACCAAAAGGAAAGAAAAGCGAAGCAAAGCAAAGCAAACGUAGAUCAUGGAAACGCCCCACCACCGCAAAAUCGAACUGCAAUCCCCCGCCGACCUUUCCUAUCUUUACGCAAACACUGUCGCCCUCUCCCGCCAAAAACUAGACCUCCAUUUCCCUCCCUCCGCCACGCCCAACCAUGUCUCCAGCGCACAAGACAAUCCCUCAAACCCAGACCCGGACUCAGACCCCAUGAAAUCCCACGUCCGCAGCCUCGUCGACGAAUUCAUCCACAAAACCUUCCUCACCGCUGCCCCCUCCAUAAGCAUAAAUGGGCUAUCUCCAGCAGACGCCGCUGCUGCGGGUAACGACAAUCAUAAUAAUUCACAUGGCCCUACUGACCCCCUCUCGUUCCUCCACGUUCGCGAAGCCGUCGAGUACGAGCCGUACGAUACGGCGCUAGGGGCGCGUGUUGCUAGUUUGUACGCGCAGUUGGAGUCGCUGACGAUGACUGUGGCGCAGUUGAGGCGUGAUACCCCCAGAAGAGCGGCGGAGGCGUCUGCGGAGGCGUUAAGAGGGGUUUUGAAAGAGGAAGACGAAGAUUGGGAGGUGGAUGGGGAGGGAGACGGGAAUGGUGAUUAUGGUGAUGAUGGUGGUAAUGGUGGUGGAAACAGAGAUGGGCCCGAUGUGGAUAUGAAGGAUUUGGAUGGUGAGACGACACAGCUACGACGGCGUGAGCAGAGAGAGGGUUACAAGAACAGGAAAGAGGAUUUCACGUUGCAUGUUCCGUUUGGACAUACGGAGGGCAUGAAGAGGAGGUGGAUGGAGGGUGGAGUUGCGGAUGUUUAUGCGGACGCAUUGACGACGUUGGUAAGAUUGCAGGGCGAGGCGGCAGGGCUUGGGGAUGUGCAUGAUUGUGGUGAUGAGGAUGGGGAUGGAUCUGGAUCUGGAUCUGGCUCCGGCGGCCAGCGCGGACUGGCGACGACGGUGGGAAAAGUUGAGAGGGCAAGGAGGGCAGCGGAGGUGGUGGAGAAUUUAUAG